AUGCUUACACAUCGGCAUCUUUCCUCCCUCAGCAACAACCCCUUUCCACCCUCUCCUCCUCCACCCUUCUCCGUCCCCAUCCUCGUCUUUGCCCCGGAAAUCACAUCACCAUUGCCAUCUUCCUCCUUUCCUAACACCACCACCUCCUCUUUUGAACCAGACUUCUUUGAUUCUGCAACCCUUCUCCGAGCUCUAUCCAUCUCGGGCCUUCUGGUGGUAAUUGGUGGUCUCAUCGGCCUGAUUAUCUUUCGACUUGCUGUGGUCUGGAUCGUGUGGACGAGAACACGCCACGUGUCGCCCUGGCGCCUCCUUGUCACGCUGCCACUCAUCCACCCCUUUGGUCUGAACCCUGAUGGCUCAGCCUUGACCGGACGAACUCCUUCUCACACGCAAGGAGCAGCGGGGCUGACGGAGUCAGUGGUUGAUGUGGAAACUGCUUCUACGAAUGAGCUUCAGGGGCAAGAAAUUGCAGCCAGGUCAGGGAAGCUGGUGAAAAAAGGAGCGAGCACACAACAGCUGUCGCAACUUGUUUCCAACCCCAUCGGGGCUGAGCAAGCAGAGAAAGAAGAGUGUAUUGUCUGCCUUUCUGAAAUGGUUGUUGAGGAGUCUGCAGUCACUCUCCCAUGCUGUAACAAGUCAUUUCACCAACAAUGCAUCACAGCGUGGCUUGCAACAGCUGGGGCGUGUCCCCUUUGCAGGAGCUCUCCGUUUCAAUAA